AUGAUUCAAUCAAAGGAAAUUAUAUUUCUUGCUGAUUAUUUCUGCCGCCGUGGUGUACGAAAAAUCCGACUAACUGGUGGUGAACCAUCCAUGCGACCAGAUUUACUUCAAAUUAUAAAAUCUUUAAAUUAUUUAAAAUGUGAACACAAACACUUCACUGAAAUAGGCAUGACCACAAAUGGAGUAAAGUUUAAGCGAAACGCUGUGGCAUUGAAAGAGAGUGGAUUGAAUUCUGUCAAUAUUAGUUUGGAUAGUUUAAAAUCUGAACGAGUAUUAAAUUUAACUGGACAAGCUACAUUCAAGCAUUCAAUGGCUGCUAUAAUAAAAGCAGUUGAAACUGGAUUUGAAAGGGUUAAGGUUAACUGUGUAGUGAUGAGAAAUUUCAAUGAUGACGAAUUAUGCGACUUUGUUGAAUUAACACGAUAUUUACCUAUUGAAGUUAGAUUUAUUGAAUAUAUGCCAUUUUCUGGUAACAAUUGGGAAAUGUCCAAGUUAGUCUCAUAUAAAGAAAUGCUCAAUAUUAUACAAAAUUCAUAUCCAAAUUUAACUCCUCUAUGCGGUAAACCAUCCGAUGUAGCCAAGCUUUUUCAAAUCCCAGGAUGGUUGGGAAAAGUUGGUUUUAUCACCUCGAUGACAGAGAAUUUCUGUUCUGGUUGUUCACGACUGCGUCUUACAGCUGAUGGAAAUUUAAAAGUUUGUCUGCAUGGAAAUGAUGAAGUUAGUUUAGUGGAAAUAUUACGAAAGUUUAACUAUCCAACAACAAUUGACCAAGGAGGUGUUAUUCAACUAGAAAAGCUAAAUCCAAAUAACACGACUGAAUUAAAUACAAUUUAUGAUCAACUUGAUAAAAUUGUGAAUCAAAGUUUAACCAGUAAAUCUGCUAGUCAUAAAGGCGCUAUUCAACUUGCAUCAAGUUUAAAUCGACCAAUGGUUCGAAUUGGUGGCUAG